CCCCCCCAUUUUUCUUAUUCCGACUACACUCUCACUCUGUGUUGCCUUUCAAACACUUCUCUCGCGCACAAACACUCUUGAAAAAAAAAAGCAGCAAGCAAAUCGAAAAUGAGCAGCAUCGGAACCGGCUACGACCUCUCGGUCACCACCUUCUCACCAGACGGUCGAGUUUUCCAAAUUGAGUACGCUUCUAAGGCCGUCGACAACAGCGGGACUGCCGUGGGCAUCAAAUGCAAGGAUGGAAUUGUUCUGGGUGUUGAGAAGCUUAUACAAUCGAAGAUGAUGUUACCGGGCUCGAAUCGACGAAUCCAUUCUGUUCAUCGGCACUCUGGCAUGGCAGUUGCUGGAUUGGCUGCAGACGGAAGGCAAGUAGUUGCUCGUGCUAAGUCAGAAGCUACAAACUAUGAGAGUGUGUAUGGUGAAGCUGUCCCAGUGAAGGAACUUGCUGAUCGUGUUGCUAGUUAUGUUCAUCUUUGCACACUCUAUUGGUGGCUCAGACCUUUUGGAUGUGGAGUCAUUCUUGGAGGUUAUGAUAGAGAUGGGCCACAAUUAUAUAUGGUUGAGCCGUCUGGGAUUUCAUAUAGAUAUUUUGGUGCUGCUAUUGGAAAGGGAAAACAGGCUGCAAAAACGGAAAUUGAGAAGCUGAAGCUGUCUGAAAUGUCCUGUAGAGAAGGGAUCAUUGAAGUAGCCAAGAUCAUAUACAAGGUUCAUGAUGAAGCAAAGGACAAAGCUUUUGAAUUGGAGAUGAGUUGGAUUUGCGAUGAGUCAAAACGUGAGCAUCAAAAGGUUCCUGAUAACCUUGUAGAAGAAGCCAAAGCCGCUGCAACUGCUGCAUUAGAAGAGAUGGACGCUGACUGAUUCUUUUAUGGGAUUAGAAAUAGAAAGCGAUGUUUCAUGCCAAAAAUCUGUGGAGGUUUUGUAUUUCAAGUAUUUGCAAUUAUAAUCCUUCAAAGAAAAUCAUGAUAAUAUUCCUUGAUAUUAUUUUCACGCGAAUGAUUAUCCAAAGACUCAUUUGCUGCA